AUGCAUAUAAAAAAUUUUAUCUUAAAAAUAUAUUUCUUUUUACUAUUAUUUAAUACUUUCAUUUUUUUGACAAAAUGUAGCUUACGUAUUUUACCACUUAAUCAUGUUAUUGAUGGUAUAAUAAUACAUUUAAAUUAUAAAUUUAUAAAAUAUAAAGUAUAUGCAAAAGGUAUACACUUAAAUGUGAAUUUCGAAAAUGUAGAUUCAGUUAGACAUAUAAUUGAAUCAUACAAAGAUUUAAAUACUUUAUAUUGUAAUUUAAAUAAAGAUAAAGAAGAAGAAACUAUUAAUAAGAACAUGUUAAGAACUAAUAAUUGUGUUAUUUUUGUAUAUAUAAAAUAUAAAGAAAACUUAAAAAAUAUUUAUGAUUUUAUGGAAUAUUUAUAUAUUAAUACUAGUGCUGUUGCUCUUAUACUUAUUUCUGAUAAUUUUCUCUAUGAAAAUGAAAUAUAUAAUCCUCAUGAAGAUUUAAAUAUUACCAUUAUACAUCCAAGUAUUCUCACAUAUUUUAUAUCAUAUGAUCGAUUAUCAGAAUAUGAUACAAAUAAUUAUGACAAAUAUAUUUUUGAAUUAUAUUGGGGGGUAAAUCAAAAAACAGAUAUUGUUCAUAUAAAUUAUCAUUUAGAUUAUGGAAAGUAUUUUAAUUAUACUUUUUUUAUAUAUAUGAAGAAUUUCCUUCUCGAUUUAAAAAAUCAUAUCACAUAUGAAAUACAAUUUAGUAUACAUAAAAAUUUUACUAUAGAGCCACGAUUCUGUUUUAUUAGAGAUUCAUCUUAUUGUAUUAGUAAACCAGAUUAUAUGAAUUCAAAUGUGGUACGAGAAGUAGUAGAACAACAGGUAAGAAGUUUAUGUAUAUAUGAAUUAACUCUAAUAGAUGAUGAUAUUAAAAGUGAUAGUGUUCAAAAUAAUACCUCUGAUGAUAUCCAGAGUAAUACUCAAGGAAAAAAAAAAUUGUUUAGUGAAAAAUAUAUAUAUUAUAUAAAUGCAUUAUUUAAUUUCGGAUUUGAAAGAAAAUAUUGUUCUAGUGAUUUCAACGAUUUAACAAAAAAAUGCUCAGAUAAAAUACUGAACAUAUUAAAUGUUUCGGUUAAGGAUGUAGACCAUUGUUUUCUCACCAAUUUUCAUACAUAUAUGAAAAAUAUGAUUAAAAGUAAAUUUUACGUAUAUUCAAUAACUAUAAAUGAUAAAACGUAUAAAAUUAAAUUAAAUAAAGAUAUUAGCAUUAAAUUGAUAUGUACUGCUUUUAAAAAUAUGCCUAAGAGGUGUAAAGAUUAUUUGUUUAAUGAAUUAAUUGAUGCUGACUAUGUAAGAGAAAAUACCUACGAGGAACUAAUAUGUUUUUAUUUCCUGAUCAUUUUGUUGUUGAUUCAUAUUAUUGGAACCUUUUUAAAUUAUUUGGUACCUUAUUAUAUAAAUCUUUAUGAAAAGAAAAAAAAAUAA